AUGGCCCAACUAGACUCGGGUCUAGAGUUCGCUUUACUCGACGCUAGUAUCUCCGAACUACAGAAUGCACUCUCAUCGGGCUGGCUCACCAGCGUGGACUUGGUCUCGCGCUAUCUGCGACGUAUUAGUGUCUAUGAUGCCAACGGACCAAAGCUCAGUGCCAUUCCAAUUCUAAACCCAUCCAUCUUUGACGAAGCUGCCGCAUCUGAUGCCAGGCGUGCGGCGGGACUACCACCGCGACCUCUAGAAGGAAUUCCUUAUCUGGUGAAAGACAACAUCAAAGUCAAAGGCAUGACAGUCGCCAACGGAUCGCCUGCCUUUGAGAAACUUAUUGCAAAUGAAGACGCGGCAUGCGUGCAGAUUCUCCGGAAUGCUGGCGCUGUCCUUCUUGGGCGGACCAACAUGCCUGCCAUGGCGUACGGUGGGAUGCAGCGUGGAGUCUGGGGACGUGCCGAGAGCCCUUAUAACAGCGAUUACUUAGCAGCGGCUUAUGCAUCGGGCUCGUCGAAUGGCUCUGCUGUGGCUACAGCUGCAAACUUCUGUGCAUUUUCUCUGGGAACCGAGACUGUCUCUUCUGGCCGUUCGCCUGCAUCCAAUAAUGCUAUCGUUGCGUACACACCGUCCAAGGGACUUCUCCCACUUCGGGGUGUGUUUCCUCUCUAUCCGACCUGUGAUGUAUUGGUUCCACACACCAGGACUGUGGAGGAUCUAUUCCAGGUGCUUGACGUCCUGGGUGUUUCUGAUCCAGCACCAGUGGGCGACUUCUUCAAUGAGCAGCCAUUUGUUCAACUUCCCUCGAUGGAAAAUAUCCGCCCGGAGUCUUUCAAGACCCUCAAGGAUGGGUCGUCUUUGAAGGGUAAGCGCAUUGGUGUGCCUUCUAUGUACAUGGGAGGAGACGACUCCUCCAUUUCACCUGUUAGCAAGGUCAAAACACGAUCCUCUAUCAUUAAGCUCUGGCAAGAAGCAAAAAAGGCUCUGGAAGCUUGCGGCGCGGAAGUGGUAGAGACCGACUUUCCUCUUGUGACAAUCUACGAAUCCAAUGCGGCCUCGGGUCAAUUAGUGACCGUUGCAAAUCUGCCAGAAGGCUGGUCAGCCAAAGAACGAUGUGAGGUUGUCUCCCAUGCUUGGGAUGAUUUCCUUGUCUCGAACGACCAGAAAGAUCUCGCGUCUCUGACGGUUGUUGAUCCUGCAACGAUCUUUCCUCUGGCUCCAGGCUCCCUACUUGGUAACCCAGAGGCUGCCAACAAACCACGCUGGGGCGAGAUUGUAGCUUACCCGCAGACAAAGCCAGCGUCCAUAUUCGAGAUCCCAGGAAUGAAGCAGGCAAUUUUUGCGCUUGAAAUUGCCCGGAAAGAAACUUUCGAGAAUUGGAUGGAUAAACUUGGCCUCGAUGCUGUGGUGUUCCCCGCGAAUGGCGAUGUGGGCACCGCGAAUGCUGAUAGGGAUGAAGAAGCAUCUCAUUUCGCCUGGAGCAACGGCGUUAAAUACUCCAAUGGCAAUAGACCAAUUCGUCACCUAGGUGUUCCCACGAUUUCGGUCCCAAUGGGUGUGAUGGAGGAUACAAAAAUGCCAGUAAACCUCACUUUUGCGACCAAAGCGUAUGAGGACGUCGAUUUGCUACGGUACGGCUAUGCCUUUGAGAUGGCAACCAAGCUCCGGGUUCAGCCAUAUGGUGUGCCAAUGUUGUCCUCUGAUCGGAUUUUGGUCGAUAAAACGCCCCAAACCUCUCUAGAACUCGUGGUGGAAGAGCAGGCUAAGGAGGUCCAUGACUCGAAGGUGCUCGUUCGGAUCCAAGGAUCCGUACGUGCAUCUGGUGAUAGCCCCGUGAAUUUGACGUGCUACGUCAAUGGAGAUUCAUGUGAUGCCAUCGUAGAGAAUGGCAAGUGGUCUCUCGCAACAUCAUACUCGGUUUCUGAGCGGGAUAGCCCGUGGGAGAUGUGGAAGAGCCCAGCGUUAAGCCAGACAAUUAUCGUUAUCACGGCACAUGCCGGUGGCUGUGCAACAGCUGGGCAAAUGAUUCUCUUGUAA